AAAUGACUGCCAGAUUUUUUCCAGAUUUUUUUUUGCCUUUUCCAGAUUUUUAAAAAAAUGACCUGGCGACGCUGCUCUCAAUGUUUUUAACAUUUGUCACGCAUGGACGACCUGUAAACACAGCUCAACAAGGUCUGCUGCACCUACAACGUAAACAGUAAGUGGACCCAUUUAAUUACUAAACGGAGGAUGGAAGCCAGCACUAUAUCUCGACAGAACCCGGUUGUGAUGAAAAUAGAUUCUCCGGAAUUUCAGUCAAUUUUCACAAAGGAAUUACAGGAUCUCAUUGCUUUGUUCAAAAAAUAUAACCACGAAAUCCGAGUUGCUGGUGGUGCUGUCAGAGACAUUUUAAUGGGUAAAUGCCCUAAAGAUGUGGAUAUAGCUACAACAGCAACGCCAACUGAAAUGAAGGACAUGUUUACUAAGGAAAAUAUUCGUAUGAUCAACAUGAAUGGAGAAAAACAUGGAACCAUAACUCCCAGGAUUAACGACAAAGAAAACUUCGAGAUUACUACACUCAGAGUAGACGUCGUCACAGACGGCAGACAUGCUGAAGUGGUUCACGUGAAAGAUUGGCUUCUGGAUGCUAAUCGACGUGACCUGACUAUUAAUUCAAUGUUUCUCGGAUUUGAUGGCAGUUUAUAUGAUUACUUCUAUGGUUAUGAUGAUCUGCAGAAACGCAGAGUAGCAUUCGUAGGAGAUCCAGACCUUCGCAUAAAAGAAGAUUUUCUUCGUAUAUUACGAUACUUUCGUUUUUAUGGUCGAAUAGCUGAACGAGAGAACAACCACGAUGAGGAGACGCUUCGGGUUAUAGCGAAAAACAGUUCCGGGCUAAGUAAAAUUAGCGGAGAACGAAUAUGGCAAGAGUGGAAAAAGAUCAUUUGUGGAAAUUUCGGCUGUGACUUAACUGUGAAAAUGAUAUCAUGUGGCCUAGCUUCAUAUAUUGGCCUACCAAAGGAACCUAGAGUUGAUGAGUUCAGAAAGGUGUUCUUUAAUGUAACAUCGGUGCAUAAGAACGAUAUACAACCAAUAACUGUUCUGUCUGCUUUGUUGUGCAAUCCUGAAGACGCAAUAACUCUUAAUUUGCGAUUAAAGCUUACCGUUUUUGAAAGGGAGCUGGCUUACUUUCUAGUGCAAAACAGAGAUGAAUUCGAAUCAGUUGAAGAAAUUUUACCAUUCCAGCAGUUAACACUACAUACAAUUGGAAGCGCAAAACUGAAAAAAGAGUAUGUUUUGGAACUACUGCGUUACUACGGUAAAGCUCAGUUGUAUAAUCAGCUGAAAGAAUGGCAAGUACCACGAUUUCCUACCAAAGGAAACACACUAAUAGAAAAGGGAGCGCCGAAGGGUCAACAGUUAGGUGCUGUUAUGAAUGAAUUAAAAAUGAUUUGGUCUGCACAUCAAUUCAGCAUGUCCGAGGAAAAGCUUUUGGAACAUUUGCCAGAGGUGUUAGACAAAUUGGGACUGAAAAGAGACAAUUAACAUUUAACGUUUCGUUGCAAAAAAUAAAGAUACAUCUUUUUAAGUUAAA